CUGAUCUCUAAUCAGGUUCAGGUACAUGUAGUUGUCAACAUCACCAUCGACAUUCUCCUUCUGCGCCCAGAACCUCAAAGCGUAGCGCAACAAACCAUUACCGUCAUCCUCAUCAGCAGUACGACAACGACAGCGACAGCGACAACAACAACAUCGCCACGAUAUCCAUCUCGACCCCACUUGCAUCUCGCAACCAUGGCAGCGGGCUCGCAGCUGCACAACGUAGACUCGGAGCAAGCCUUUGACCAGGCCGUUACUGAGCUUCCAGCGACCACGUUAGCUGUCAUCUACUUCCAUGCAUCAUGGGCCGAGCCUUGCAAACAGAUGUCGACCAUCCUGACGACUCUCGCAUCGACCUACGAGCCAGCCACUCCGCCCCGCAUAACGUUCAUCAGCCUGGACGCAGAAGAGCUGUCAGAUGUCAGCGAGCGCUACGAUGUGACGCAAGUGCCUUUCGUCGUGCUGCAGAAAGAGGGCAAAGUGCUCGAGCAGAUCACUGGCACAGAUGCGCACAAGGUCCGUACUGCGGUCGAGAAGCAUGUGGCAGGCGAUGGCAAACCCGGCGCGAGCUUGCCUCCCAAGCAGACGGUCACACGACAGGAGCAGGACAAUGACACAGCCAUGGGUGGCACGAGCGCAUCGGAUGGUGGAUCGCUCUCACAGUAUAAGCCUGGCUCUGGCGACCAGAAGACUGCGCCGGAAAGCACAGAGGGUUAUGUCACUGGAGAGCAGAGCACAGAGGACCUGAAUAAGAGGCUGGGCGAGCUAGUCAAGGCCGCUCCAGUCAUGUUGUUCAUGAAGGGCACUCCUUCUGCGCCUCAAUGCGGAUUUUCAAGGCAGACCGUUAGUAUCCUUAGGGAGAAGGGCAUUCGGUAUGGGUUCUUCAACAUUCUGGCGGACGAUGAGGUCCGACAAGGCUUGAAGGAGUUCAGUGACUGGCCAACCUUUCCACAGGUGUACUGCGAUGGCGAGCUGGUUGGUGGCUUGGACAUCCUGAAGGAAGAAUUUGACAACAAUCCCGACUUCAUGCAGGAAUAUGUGGUCAAGAAGGGCGGACCAGGUGUGACUACAUGAACCUGGUACGAAGCUUAACCUUAUGUUUCGAUGACCUUAUAGGAGGUAGGAGGUGGUGCUUGAUGGCGCGCGGCUUUCUGCCGAGAGCAGUGCGUGAAGCCGCUCACGGUUCAAUACUACUUUGGUCAAUACUUCGGUCAAGUAAUAAUAAAAUGCCUGCAGCACCUUCUGGCUGAUCAUCAACUUUUCUCGGUGAAUAGGUGUCUUUUUCAAGCGCUCUGAGCCGAAGGACUUUGGCACUACCUUAUUACAAAACAUUUGCCGUUGGGACCGCCCUAUGGUGGUGAUCAAUUGCAUUAUAUAUACGAGUCCUAGUAGGCGGCGCUGUCCUUCCAGAGUCAUGAGUGCUGGACUCCAUCAGUUAUUGCCACCUUGAAUCCCAAGUCGAUGCCAUGCACAGGUAGGAGGUA